AUGAGGCUACGGUUCCUGAACCGCUUCGAGGAUCUUCAGCUUGACAUAGUUGGUUUCCUCGCUAUUCUAGGCGAGGGUUCAGUUCUAGCAAACGCCCAAGUCUCCACACUCUCCAAAUGGGUCUACGUCCCUCGACUUCUACCGGCUCCGCAAGCCCUGCUACGACCCAACAGACCGUCCAAACUAGAGCCAACACCCGGCCGUGUAACUGCGGUAUGGGCUGGAAACAAUAGAAACUAUGUCAAUCACAUAGGCAAUAUCCUUGUUGAUUGCGAGAGUAUGGACGACUUUUCUGUACGGUGUGUGGAGAUAGAACGGGACGACAGCAGGCCUUCCGUCAAGGCCAAAACUCUCGCCCCUCUGACUGGACUCGUGGUCCUCGGGGCUAUAUUGGCGGUUGUCCUCUUAGUCCUGUCGAUCAUCCAACGGGAUGGCAUGGCGCUGGUGGCGACGAUAAUGCUGUCUUGCCUUUCCACCUUGAUUGGUCUGGGAAACAAGUGGGAGCUCUCGCUGCCGAAGCGUACCGUCAAGACUGGCUUGACACCGCCAGGAGACGUCGUCAUCAGGUACCCACAGGGCAGCUUCCUCGUCGUCAAGUGCACCGAGGAUGUUGCACGCGAGCUCUACUUCGCUCCGGAGAACAUCAACUACCUCUUCACCCAUCCACCCGCCUACCGACUGAUCUCACUGCUCGGCACGCUGAUGCUCAUGUUCGGAGUCAUCACACUCGCCAACGCUACACUCGAGCUCCAAAUUGGCUUUGCGGCAGCCUAUAUGUUCCUCAACGCGGCCUAUUGGAUCGUCGCCGCGCUGCCUCCAAAAGUGCACUGGGACACAUCAUGCUUCAAGGUAAAGCGUCAACGACUCGAGACCAGCGAGAUGGACAAGCGUUUUACGGACUGCAAUGACACCUUCACGAAAGCCCUCUGGAAAGUCAUGGUAAUCACGAAGGACAUUAAUUGGGCGAAACGCGGCGAUGCUGCACCUGACACGGCAGCCUGGGAUCAGUGGCUGCGGGACGCCGCCGAGAAGGCUAAGACAGCCGGGUCAGAGUACGACGAACAUACUGAUGCGUUGGUAUGGAUAGUGCCAGAAUGGGAUGCACAGGAGGCUUUGGCAAAGCUCAUAGAUGAAACGAUGUCUGGGGACAAUAGCAAGGAUGCAUAG